CGUGUAUCAAACGUCAUCACCAAGUGUCAAUGCCUGCAGGCGGAGACUUCAGUUUGUUCUGCGAGGUUAGUUGAGAAGUGGAAAUCGUACUUUUAGGAGUGCUGUGAACAAUGGCAAAUGAAAUAUUUCCUGCUUUGGCUAUUCGCUCUUCCACCGGAGUCGAGGUGUGGAAAUCACAGGCAUCAAAGGCUCCAUAUGUUCCGGAUGCCGGAUUUGCUCGGGAUGAAAGCAAACUGUGCCGUGCUAUUGUUUACAGCCCUAAUGGUCGAUUUCUGGCGUGGGCUAACGGGACUACGGUGCAGAUCUGCACAGUUUCCGACUGGAAAGUUACUCGCACUUUUCCGCGGCCAAAAGCAUUCUACCUCAAAUUUUCGCCUGGUAGUACGUAUUUAAUGACAUGGGAAAUCUACACAGAAAACCCGAAAGAUGAGGUUAAGGAGAAGCCAAAUUUAUAUCUGUAUAACGUGGCAACCGGACAAGAAGUGUUUUCGAUUAUCCAGAAGCGACAUGCCGAUUGGCAGAUGCAUUGGGCCGCGGAUGAAACCCUUGCGUUACUGAUGGUCGGUGGAGAGGUCUUAGUUUACGAAAUACAGCCAAAUGUAGACUUUCCUUCGAAGCCUGUCAAGCGAAUAGGUGGUGCAAGAAAUGGAGGUGUUUCUGUGUCUCCUGGUCCAAGUCCUCCGUAUGUAUCUUUUUACGUACCGGGUACCAAAGGAGCACCAUCUAUGUGUAGAUUAUUUCGUUAUCCAAACUUGGAGGCGAAUCAACCGAUUGCAUCUAAAAGUUUUUUUCAGGCAGAUAAAGUGGAGAUGCUGUGGAACCAGAAAGGAACUGGAGUGCUUUUACUGACUAGUACGGAAGUCGAUCAAACUGGUCAGUCUUAUUAUGGAAAGCAGGCACUUCAUUUCAUGACUGUAAAAGGCGACUCGUAUGCCGUGCAGCUCAACACCGAAGGGUCUCUACAUGCUGUUGCAUGGAGCCCACGUUCAACUGAAUUUUGCGUUGUGUAUGGUUUCAUGCCCGCCAAAGCGACGUUGUUCAAUCUUAAGUGCGACGUUGUAUUUGAUUUCGGCACCGGGAAUAGAAAUUCCAUCUAUUAUAAUGAGUUCGGUAAUCUGCUAGUGUUUGGAGGGUUUGGUAAUUUACCUGGUUACAUCGAAGUCUGGGACAUCAAUAAAAAAAAGAAAAUUACUGAUCUUAAAGCGCCAGAUACAACUUUACUUGAAUGGAGUCCAGUAGGUGAUGUCUUUUUAACAGCUACAACCGCCCCAAGGUUAAGAAUGUCGAAUGGUUUUAAAAUUUGGCAUCAUACUGGAGCUUUGCUACACGAGACACAUUGGCCUGAAAAACAAGAAUUGCUAGAAGUGAUGUGGCAAAAAUAUGCUGCUGGAAUAUUGAAGGAAAACGUUGUUUCAAACGAAAAAAUUGAAGGUAUUGCAUCAAAAACUCCGCAAGCUAGUAAACAAAAGUACGUUCCACCAGGAAUGCGAAACAGCCUCAGUGCCGGUAGUGGAGAAACUGCCAGUAAUGCUGCUCGAGCUCCUAUCCCUGGUCUUCCACCGGGAUAUCGCUCAAAAGUACAACAAGCGAAAGACAAGAAACAGAAAAACAAAAGCAAAGCUACAGCCAACGAUGGAGCUGGUCAAGGAAAUCAAAAUAAAACCGCUAACCGAACUCAAAAUAAUCGCACCGUAUCUGCAGGAUCUGCCGGGUCAACAGAGGGUGGUAAAGAAAAAAAUCGUCCAAAAACGGCACCAAAUCCAAUUAUGGCUACGCAGCAAGAGUGUGUUGUCUCAUCAACUACGCCCAACCCAACCCAGAAAGGAAGUGGUAAUCCAGAAAAAGACAAAAAGAUGAAAACCAUCAACAAGAAGCUUAAAGAUAUAAAGCUACUAAAGGAGAAAAAUGAGCGUGGUGAAAAAUUAGAACAAACCCAGAUCAUCAAAAUGAAUUCUGAAGCUGAACUUAUCAACGAAUUGAAAGCUUUGAAAACAUCAUAAAUUCAUUUAAAAUGGAUUCGGUUAAACUUGUAAAGCUAGAUCUUUGCAACAUGAAUAAAGGAUGACUCUUUUAAA